AUGAGAGAGGAGACUGCCCCUCAAAAGCAGGCCCUCAACCAUGCCCGCUCCCCCUUGUCACAGGACGCUGAUGGCUGGGAUGUGGUAUGGAACCCGGUGUCCCGCCAGGAGGUCACACAGGCCCUGCAGGACUUUGCGGUGGCGGGUGGCGUGGGCCCCGAGGGUCCCCUGCUGCCCCCCGGAACCAUCCUCCUGGAGGACAUCACCUCCGACGCCGGGUCCAGCACCAGCGAGGGGAGCGAGGCCAAUAUGGCCAUGCUGUACGCCGAGCGCUGCGACGAGACCCAAGGCUUGGGGGGCCUGGAGGAGGGUAUGAUUGGGGUGCUGACAGGGCUGCUGAAUAACCCAGCGGUGCUGGGGCCCAUCCAGGAGGCUCUCCAGCGCGACGCCAACUUCCAUUGCCUGUUGACAGACGCCAGGGGGGGCCAGGCCGUUCUGUUGCCUGCGCCAGAGCCCCGCCCGCGGCUGGCCCUGGAGGGACCAGGCGCAGAGCCCCUGACGCUGAUGAGCCUGCUGGAGGGCCUGGCGGCAGGCAUCGGCGAGGUGGCUGCCCGCCUGGAGGACGCUUUCGCCCAGGUGACGCAGCUCCUGAGGUCGCUGGGCGAGUCGCUGCGCGCUGCGCUGGACCCAGACGGCCCCCGCCCCGCUGUGCACGGCGCACCGGGGUCCGCGGCCGCCGACCCCCGCGUGGGCAAGGCGGUGACCAGGCUGGCCCUGGCGGUGGCCGUCUUUGUCAUCUUCCGCCGGGCGGCGCCCGGACUGCUCAUGCGCGUGUGA